UUUUGUUAUUUGGAAGGGAAAAGUAUACAGUAUACAUAAACACGCCAAAACAACCCCCAACAAAUUAACCAUAUUAUAGCUGAGUGAUAACGCGAGUUAAAAAAGGGUUCUUCCGAAACUCCUUUACAAAUCCAAGACUUUCCAUUCCACCCCAUCCAUAACGCGUCUGAUUCUAGCCGGUGCUCUACUUCCUGAGGCGGCCGAGAGAGAAUGUGUUCCACUAAGCAUAAGCAAAAGCAUAGGAGCUCCUCCGCCGCGUACACCGUCGUCGACAAGGCUUCCUCGGCCGAGGAGGAAGACGGAGACUGGAGGCAAGAAGCAAUUAACGGUGGAUCUCUCAAGCUUGUAGACCUCGAUACUGGAUCCAAUGGUUGGGCAUCCCCUCCCGGUGAUCUAUUCUCUCUCCGCGGCAGUAACUACUUCACCAAGAAGCAGAAGUGCCCCUCCGGUCCAUGGCUCCUUCAUCCUGCAGGUGUCGAUUGGCUCCGUUCUGCAUCUAAACUCGACCACGUCCUAUCACGCGCCGACAACCGUGUGAUGCACGCGCUUAGGAAGUCUCAGUGCGAAGGAAGCAACACUGCGAAGAGUUUCGUAUUGGCCGUGAACUUACAGGUUCCAGGUAGGGAUCAUCAUAGUGCUGUGUUCUACUUCGCAACAGACGAUCCGAUUCCCUCCGGUUCACUUCUCUAUCGAUUCAUUCACGGAGACGACGCCUUCCGCAACCAGCGGUUUAAGAUCGUGAACCGUAUCGUCAAAGGGCCGUGGAUCGUGAAAGCCACCGUCGGGAACUACUCCGCUUGCCUACUCGGAAAAGCCCUGAAUUGCCACUACCACAGCGGCCCGAAUUACCUAGAGAUUGACGUCGACAUCGGUAGCUCGAAGGUCGCCACUGCGAUUUUGCGUUUGGCGUUGGGAUGCGUGACGGCUGUGACAAUCGAUAUGGGGUUUGCAGUUGAAGCUCAGGAAGACGAGGAAUUACCGGAGAAGUUGUUUGGGGCAGUUAGGAUAUGUCAAAUGGAGAUGUCUUCUGCGACGUUCGUUGAUACAGAUACAGCAACAAAUAGACCAUUGAUACAAACAGCUCACAGUAAUCGUGUUCAAGCAUCGGAUCUGCAGGAUGACGAUGACGAUGACGACGCGAAUAUUAAUAUUGAGAAAUGAAUAAAGGUAGUGAAAAAAGGGGUAAAUUCUACGCAAUUUUCGGGAUCUCAUAUAGCGUAAGUAGUUUUCAUGUUAAUUGCGAUGAUCUAUCAUACCCUGCUUAAACAUUUUUUUCGUGGGCGAUUCUGGUGCUGUAUAGAUAAUAAUUUCAAUAAUAAUAACUGUAACGCUUCUUGUUCA